AUGACAUCAAUUUUUUUGAGAUUAAUUCUAUGCGUUUCAUUAGCAACAGCAACGCUAGCCUUUUCUCCAUCGUAUACCUGCAGAUCCACAACCGACCUUUCCUUGUCCCAGACUGAACAACAAGAAGCAUCAGCAGUGGAUCGUCGUUGUUUCAUGGGUGCCAUGUUGGCAUCCACAACCGCUGCCUUGACGGCAGGAAGUCUUCCAAGUGUUGCCGACGUCGAAUCAGAAACUCUUGAAUCCUACCUGUACCGCGUCCUUCGUGUCCGAGAAGCUACGCAACAAGAGCGUCGUCUGAUCAAAAGCGGAAAAUUCAAGGACAUUCAACGUGCCAACGUCAAGUUGGCAGUCAAGUUUAUGGUUCAGAACUACCGAUUGAGUGAUGCUGUGGUUGGAGCUAGUGCUUACUUGACUGGAGCUAACUCAAUGAAGGCAAUCGAUGCUGGCCAAACGGCCAUUCAGAACCUUCAAACUAUCUUGGAGUAUUUUGAUACAAGCGAUGUCGAGAAUAUUAAGGUUGGAAAGAAUAGCAUGGCUGGAAAGGAAGAAUUGGUUCUCCAAGGUCUUCAAACAGCACAAUCCAACAUUGAUCAAUUCUUGACGUAUUUCCCCGAAGCGACUGUAAAAGAAAUCAAGGAAAAGAUCUUGUCUGAAAAUGAUUUGAAUGUCAAGGAGUUUGACAAGUCAUUAGGAGACAUUAUCAAUCUUGCACCUCCUUCUUAG